AUGGCUAAAUUUCAUAAUUUACGUGUCGUUGCGCAGUGCUGGCUAUUACAGGCUUUCUUUGCCCCAAGACCAGUAGAAUGGUGGACACGUGCCAAAAACGAAAUGCGCUACGUAAUAGCAAGUGGAGAAAGUGACAUCGACUCCUGGGAGGAAGAUGUAGAGAGUGAAUUAGCUGAAGUGCCGCCGAAACCCCUCUCAUUCCUUUGGAUCAAAGACCGCAGAGAAAUGCUGCGCUACGAUGCAAAACUUCCAACAAUCCUGCCUUCACCAUCUAUGCAUCAGAUCAGAAAAGGCUUGUCGUUAUUUCCGCCACCAAGACAAUCUCACAAUCUUUGCAGUGGAGUAAAGAAGCUUUCCAUCUUGCUUGAAAAUCAAGUUUCAACUUGGGUAUCGGUGACGGCAAAAGGUGAAGAUAUCGCUAAAUAUGUG